AUGGAAUGGUUUACAAGAAUUCGAAAUUUCUUUUGUUCUGUAGAGAAAAGGAUAAAUGAAUUAAGAUGCAAAAUAACAAAAUGUUUUCGAUUAUUUGGAAAGAAAUCAUCACAUAAAGAGGAUGAACACGAUGAUUAUAAUAAGAUAUUGGAAAAGGUUACUAAGAAAGGAAAACUUUUCAAAGAUAAACAAUUUCCGGCAACAGAAAAAUCAUUAAAACAUUCUGGUGAUGUUGAUGCAAAAAUAAAAUGGUUAAGACCACAUGAAAUAUGUGAUGAUCCUGAAUUUAUAGUUGAUGGACAUGAUCGUUUUGAUUGUAAACAAGGUGAACUUGGUGAUUGUUGGUUAUUGGCAGCUGUUGCUAAUUUAACUUUACAUGAAGAUCUUUUUAGAAAAGUUGUACCAUCUGAUCAAAGUUUUAAAAAUAAUUAUGCUGGUGUAUUUCGUUUUUCAUUUUGGAGAUUUGGUAAAUGGGUUGAUAUUGUUGUUGAUGAUCGUUUACCAACAAAAAAUGGUCAUUUAAUUUAUAUGCAUUCAUCAAAUAAAAAUGAAUUUUGGAGUGCAUUAUUGGAGAAAGCUUUUGCAAAAUUACAUGAUUCCUAUGAAAAUUUAAGAGGUGGUAGUGCAUGUGAAGCAAUGCAAGAUUUUACUGGUGGUAUAACUGAAUGGUAUGAUUUAAGAGAUAAUGCAAAUAUGAUGGCACAUUUUAAGAUAAUGUUAAAAGCUUAUGAAAAAAAAUCAAUGAUGUGUUGUAGUAUUAUUGUUGAUGAUGAUUCACAAUUGGAAAGUGAAACUGAAGAUGGUUUAAUACGUGGUCAUGCAUAUUCAAUAACAAAAGUUGCUCUUAUCGAUAUUCAAACACCAAAUAAAACUGGAAAAAUACCAAUGAUACGUUUACGUAAUCCAUGGGGUAAUGAUGUUGAAUGGCAUGGACAAUGGAGUGAUCAAUCACCAGAAUGGCAAUUUAUACCCGAAAAUGUUAAAAAAGAAAUUGGUUUAAAUUUUGAUCAUGAUGGUGAAUUUUGGAUGUCAUUACAAGAUUUUUAUCAUAAUUUUGAUUUACUUGAUAUAUGUCAUUUAACACCAGAUUGGUUAAUUGAAGAACCAAAUGAUGGUGAUGAUGAUGAAGAUGAUGUUGAUAGAUUUAUUUGGGAGACAUCAUUAGCUGAAGGUAAAUGGAUACAAAAUGUAACAGCUGGUGGUUGUAGAAAUUUUUUGAAAACAUUUUGGAGAAAUCCACAAUUUAAAGUUACAUUAGUCGAUCCAGAUGAUGAAGAUGAUGAUGAUACAUGUUCUGUUUUAAUAGCUUUAAUGCAAAAGAAUAGACGUGCACAAAAACAUCUUGGUGUACAAUUUUUAACAAUUGGUUUUUCAAUAUAUUCAUUGGAUGAAGCUGAUUUAGCUUUUAGAAAACAACCAUUAGAAUUUUUUAAAUAUAAAGCUUCAAUAUGCCGUUCAUCUUUUGUUAAUUUAAGAGAAGUUACAGGUCGUUUUAAGUUAUUACCUGGCGAUUAUUUAAUUGUACCAUCAACAUAUGAUCCAAAUGAAGAAGCUGAAUUUUUAAUACGAGUUUAUACUGAAAAGAAAAAUAUUAUGAAUAAAUGUUAAAAAUUUAU